GUUAUUUCCGUUUCUAGGCGAUCGCUCUUUGUUAUUAUUUCUAGAUCAACAAUCAGUAUUUUCGAGAACGCAUCUUUAGCUUUUUGUGUAUUUGCAAGUAUUAUUCCUAUUUAAUUUAUUUUAAAAAUGAACGAUACCAAAGAGGCGCCUGGCCAAGGUUUAGGACACCAACAACCAGGGUUUUGUUCGGCAACUUGCGUUGAUCGUGCUAGUUUACAAGCUGAGAUAAAACAACCAGAACUCAAGACUUCCGACUUAUUUGUAACUUGUAAUCUGCCAAAGAGAUUUGAACAUCCACAUUGGUUUAACGGGUACGGAUGCCAGGUGAGCAAGCAGCAUCCGUUCUACAGGACAUCUUCCAGCGACUAUGGAUGGUAUGCGCCAGGUAUACACUCUGUACCAUCUGUGUUCUUCCCAGCUGGUCAGACGUUCACGAAUCGGCUGUCAGCGGCGGGCAUGUAUAGAAACUACAGUCUCAACACAGGCAUGGAUCCUGCGUCAUACCCAUGAAUAUUCCACUGGUGUCGCCUGAUCCAUCAUUAUUUAAAUUUUCGAUUCGUAAUUAGUGUUGUAAUUUGAUAUUGAAAUGUAUUCCCGGCAUAAAGUAAAUACAUUAUUUUAAUUCCAAUA